CACACCACAACUCUGUGAUGCAUGUGUUUAUGUUACUGUUCUAGGUUAGUGGAACAGUUGAGCCAAAGAGACGCCGUUAUGCAUCUUUAGAACCGUUGUUUUCUGACACCGUUUUCUGACACUUUGCCUCACUUUAAUCUAAUAGUGACGACUCAAUUGGAGACCAAAAAGGCCAGAAUAAGGUGUUCGCCAGUCUACCUGUGUUACUGUGUUGCCAUGGAGAAGGCUUGGAGGGUGGAGUUUAGGAACGUGGGUAGUAGCUACUUCCCUCAGAGCCGCGUGGAGUGCCACUACAGUAUCAGCUCACAACAUACCUGGGCCAACCAUGACUGGGUCGGACUCUUCAAGGUGGGAUGGUUGUCAGUGAAGGACUACCACACUUUUGUCUGGGCCCUGGCCCCGGCAGGCUACCAGGAGGGCACAGAUGUCAACUGCUGUGUCCAUUUCCAGGCCUCCUACCUGCCCAAGCCCAGUUCCCAACAGUACCAGUUUGUGUACGUGGAUGGGAAGGGGGAGGUGUGCUCUGCCAGCCCCCAGUUUACCUUCAGUGCCCCCAAGCCUCUGGAAGACCUGGUCACCCUGGAGGAAGGAGCCCACGGAGAGGAGGGAGGGACUGACAUGCUGCUAGUUGUACCCAGGGCUGAGCUACUGCAGAGUCGCCUGCAAGAGUGUCUGCGUGAGCGGGCCGAAUUGAUCCAUGCGCGGGAGGGGGCAGAAAGGAUGAAGCAGAGAGAGAAGGAGAAGUACGGGAAGGCGAGAGAGGCUUGGGACAGAGGAAGUGAGCAGCUGGAGAGGAACAUAUCUGAGCUAAAGGAAGAGCUGCGAGAGAGCAGAGACAGGAUGGAAGAGAUGGAGAGGAGGCAGGAGCAGGUGGAGGCGUCAGGGGAGGCCUUGGCUCAGGAGAAGAGUUCCAUACUGGCCAAGAAAGCAGCCAGCAAACAGCGAAUCAGAGAGCUGGAGGAUGACAUUAAAGCGCUAACACUGAAAGCUGUGGAACGAGAGACUGAGCUGGAGAGGAUGAAGGAGAGGGACAAAAAGCAAGCAGUUCAAAUGAUGGAGGAUGAGAAAGAGAGGAAAGUUCUGCAGCUCAAGCUGGAGCAGACCGAGGGGGAACUGCGGAGCCUGUCUGCUGAGUUCCAGGGUCUGAGGAGCUCCCUGGCCCAGAGAGACACACACGCCCUGCAGCUACGGGAUACCAUCACCACCCUCACACACAGACUCAACAUGGCACAGAGGAAAGAGGCGGAGAGCGAGGCCUCCCUGGCUGAGAUGUGGGGCCUGCGAGAGCGUCAGGGGGCCAGGGAGCGUGGUGCUGAGGGCCUGAAGGAAGAGCUGUGUGCUCUGGUGGGUCAGAGGGACCAGGGCCAGACAGAGCUGCACCAGGCCAGGCUCCAGGCGGCACAGCUCACCCUGCAGCUAGCCGACGCCAGCCUGACUCUGAGGGAGGGCAGAGCACACUGGGCCCAGGAGAGACAGAGCCUGCAGCGCACCACUUCGAAGGACAGAGUGCGUCUGGAGAAGCUGAAUGGAGAGAUGCAGCGGAUUGAAGAGAAGCUUCAGGAGGAGAGGAUGGAGAGAGAGAAGGUGGAAGUGGAGCUGGGAAGAGAGAAGGACUGUAACCGGGUGCAGCUGAGUGAGACACGCAGGGAGCUCCAGGAGCUGAAGGCCAGUCUGAGGGUGGCCCAGAAGGAGAAGGAACAGCUGCUGCUGGAGAAACAGGACCUGAUGGAGUACAUGCGUCAAGUGGAACAGAGGAUGGAGGCUGUGGCAGACGCCAAGUGGAGCGCUGCAGUGUUCGCCCCCACCAGUCUCCCUGACAGUUCUCUGUCUGACUCUGAGGAUGAAAACCCUGAGGCCUUGCAGCCCCCCCGCCAGCCCUCUCUGUCCUCCCUCCCUCUGGCCCACUACAGUCUGUGUGACCCCCAGACCCAGCCUGACUCCCUGCUCCCCUCCACCCCCCCUUCCUCCCCCAGGGAUAUGUCACGGCCCCUCUCCCGAGGGGGCGUAGUCAUCAGCCAGCCCGCCCCCCUUUCGUUGCCAAGGCAAUCAGGAGAUACCCUGACACACAGCUCUGAGUCGGAGGAGGAGGGUGACACAGCCCUAUGUGGAGGACACAGCUCUGGAGACGAGACAGCUCUGCUGCUGCCUGAGACCACUGUCCUCAGUGACCUGGCUGACACCUCUCAGUGGUAGAGUGGCGAAGCAGGAUCAGAUCUACACCAGCACUGGCUGUUUGGCCAGUACUUUAACUUGCCUAUUCAGCACACAAGCACACACACUACAACUCAACUCUACUCUUGACAAACUAUGUUAAUAUGCAAUUUGCUUUUACAUUUUAUAUGAACUUUUUCUUUGACGUAUGACUUUAAGCUGUUGUGUUGCCCCCAUUAUACUUAACAUGGUCUUAAGAAUGACAUAAUACCUGUCGUAAUAGCUCAAAUCGUAGUUACGACCUGACAUAAGACUGUUAUAAAGCGUAAAACAUUUGACAUUUUAAAGGGUUAAUUCGAUUUUUAAUAGUAAUGUUUUAUAACAGGGUUAUUUCAGUUGCAGGAGGAGUUGAUGUCGUGAGCUUUGUGAAUUGUGUUAUGUCACUUUAUGAGACAUCAUGACAGGUCACUAAUUUACAUAAGUCAGUUAUUAAAGGCUCCCUCUGAUUUCAGUCGAGCCAGAAAGAAAUAUUGUAUAAUUGUUUCAAUGUUUCGUCUCCUAGAAAAGAACGAUGAAAAACAUUGCAUUUAUUUGUUACAGUAUAUUCAUAGUAGCCUGGUUGAGUCAGUCUGGUUGAUGAUGCUAUAUUCACAGUUCUCUCCAUUUAAAAUCUAAAAGUUGCUUUGAACUUUCUGUCUGCGCAGCAAAUUCUGUAAUAAUAGUUAUUGAAACACACUACAACUAUAUUAGAAGAAUCCUUGUAAAGUACUGACACAUAACAUGAUUUUCCUCAUAUUCAAACCUAAGAUGUUAUAUUAUAAGCACUUUCUGUUCUUCAUUAUUAGUUAACUUUUGCUUUAUUAAUGCUGUUCUAGUGCUAGUUGAGAGGAUAGUUACAGACAGAGAAGCAUCUGAAAUGGGAAAAACAGUUGAGAGGAUAGUUACAGACAGAGAAGCAUCUGAAAUGGGACAAACGGUUGAGAGGAUAGUUACAGACAGAGAAGCAUCUGAAAUGGGAAAAACAGUUGAGAGGAUAGUUACAGACAGAGAAGCAUCUGAAAUGGGACAAACGGUUGAGAGGAUAGUUACAGACAGAGAAGCAUCUGAAAUGGGACAAACAGUUGAGAGGAUAGUUACAGACAGAGAAGCAUCUGAAAUGGGAAAAACAGUUGGUGGAAGUUUGGAAAUAGAGAGAUUAAUCAAGAUGAAUGUUGAAUGGUAGAGCAGAAUGGUAGUUGUUAGAGUGGUCGGAGUGACAUUUUAAUGUUCUCUCAUGUUUUUAUUAAACUCAUAAUAUAUUCUAUCCUCAUCUACAUAAAGCUAUUGCUCCUGCAGGCUGAUGGCUGUAGAGUCCCUGCAAUAAGAGCAUACAUCAUACCACAUUUGAACCUUAAAUCAGUGUUUGGUUUUAAAACUAAAUCAAUGUAUUCGUUCUAGAUGACCAGUUUUAUUAGACUAGACGUACAGUACAUGGUUUGCACAGCUCUGCUCUAGAGUGAUGCAGUUCUACUUUUGUGCCUAAAAAACUAAUUGGGAAAUGAAUAGUCUCUUCUUCAGCCAAGCGUCAUCAGUCUGGCAAACAAGACUAGUAAACUAAGGAAUCUCAUGAUAACAUAAUGUAAUUUAAGGAUGCAAAUGUUACAAGACUAUGGAAGGUUUGCCUGGAAAAUAUUAUUAGUACUGGUUUAAUAAUACUAUAUUUUUCAUGAUUUUCAACCAAUACUCAACUUUAGUUGUAUCGUAAUGAAGCUAGAUUCUGGUUUAGUUUAAGCUAAUGAUGUUUGAUAAGAAGAGAAUACUAAAGCUAGGUCAUUUAAAGGGGCAAUCUGCGAUUGUUGUUGUUUGAACUGCAGAUUGCCCCCUUUAAGAAAGAAGAAGGUGCUAGGGACACUUUUUGCUUGGUAGAUUUGUAAUUUGCUGUAUUUGCACCUGUUUUUUUGCAAUAAGAGAUGUUUUGGGGGCUACAUUUAAAUGUUAUUUUUACACUUGGAUACUCCUUAUUAAUCCAGUCUAUGUUAUUAUCAUAAUCAUUACCAUAGUGUUUUGUUUAUUACUCUUUUAUUUUUCUUUCUCUGAUUUUCUUUCUAAAGGUAAAUGUAACCUCUCACAACUAUCUGAUAAGGUUUGAAAUGUUCGUCCAAAGGUUAGAGAUAUUGGUUCUACUGUAUAGGACAUCACUGUGUUCCUUCACGCAGAGGUGUAGCUGUAGUGAAAGUGUGACAUCUGUAACAUAUACAGUGCCUUCAGAAAGUAUUCAUACCCCUUGACUUAUUCCACAUUUUGUUGUGUUACAGCCUGAAUUCAAAAUGGAUUAAAUAUAUGUUUUCUCUCAACCAUCUACACACAAUAUACCACAAUGAAAAAGUGAAAACAUGGUUUAAUUUGCACAUUUAUUCAAAAUGUAAUACAGAAAUGCACUGUAAUUCAACUGUGAUGGACAUCCUUGAUCAUUGAAGGCUGAGCUUCAGAGGGUUUUGGAGUACCCCUCUUCGUCUCUACACCCUUUCAGCUCUACCUCUAGUGUAAUCUAGUACUUACACCUCUAUUUGCUACCGUGGGUGAAUUUGACAUGCUGGUAUGUGCACCUAAAGUUGCGUAGCACUGAGAUCUAUCCUUUUUGUUGACGUCAUUUUAGAUUUCUGUGGGAGUUCUAUUCUAUGUGUACUGUGAGCUACAUGAGGGUAUGCUGAAACUUUCUUCCAGGAUACCUACUCUCAUUGCAAUACGGCUCCAGUGGUUUGCUGGUGUGUAUGAUGUUUUGUUUGUUGAAGUCAUCUUACCUAUUUAAAAAAAAUUAUAUUCUUUGGUAUUUAUAUAUAGGUUCAUUAAGCGUGUGGAUUGGUUUCUGUAAUAAUAAAAUUUAAAAAGCGGAUCUGUA